CUUGUCCUGACUUCCAAGUGCAAUCCCUUGCAGCAACUGUUUUCAUGCAGAAUGGCCCUGCUUAUUUUGCUUUUCCUUGGCAUACAGGCACUGUGCUCCCAGGCUUUCUCUCCUCCUGUGAAGGAACUGCAAAGUCCUUUCCUCUUCCCUGCAUGCAAUGACUCAGCAGUGGAGUCAGCAGUAGAUGUGGCUCUGGGCCAAAUCAAUACUGGACGAACCGAGGGCUACAUGCUUAGGCUGAAUCGAAUUUUCAGCGUCCUGGAACACCCCCAGGAAACCAGUGGUUCUGUUUUCUAUCUCAUCUUGGACGUGGCAGAAACUGAAUGCCACGUCCUCAGCAGAAGGUUGUGGAAGAACUGUAAAACCCGACCCCAACAUAAAACUGUAUUUGGGCAGUGCAGAGCAACACUCUACAUUAACAACCCCAAGAGAAUAGCCCACCUGCAUUCCUAUGAGUGUACUUUGCGGCCAGUUCCAACAAGAUCCAUUCUGAUGUUAUGCCCUGAUUGUCCGAUCUUUGGCUGUCCGACUGAGCCAAAGUAUCUGGAAACGGCUGUCGUGAGUCUUGCCAAAUUCAACAGAGAAAGCACCGAGGCUCAUUAUUUUUCUGUUCUCAACGUCACCAAGGCUUCAAUGCAGUGGGUUGUCGGUCCCGCAUACUUUGUAGAGUUUACAAUUCAAGAGACGUCCUGCUCCAGAAAUGAGUCCAUUGCUGAUAUCUCCAAGUGCAAGCCUCUCCCAUUUGAAAAGGCUCAUACCGGUUUCUGCAAAGGCUCUGUGGUGAACAGCCAAGUUGAUCAUCAUCAGUUUGUCAAUAUAGAUUGUGAAAUCUAUGAGCCACAGGUGCCUGCCAUUGAGAAGCAGAAGGAGACAGACAGCCAUAAAGGUCAUGGCGGAGAUGGAAGUCAUGAAGAUCCUCAUCACCCCAGAAGGAAAGGGGCCCAUCCCCAUCAGAAGCACCAGCAUAGGCACAAGCAGCAUGAAGAAAAGCACCCAUCUCCCACUGAAGCUAGUGAGGCAGCCCUCUAUCUAGAAAAAACAGUGGGGUGGGUGAAAGUUCUCCCGCCCCAACAAGAACAUGUCUCUCUCCACACCUUACCAGAAAGUCCAGUUGAAUACAUAGAUGGGAAUCCUGUUCUCCCUGAGGUAGGAAAGCCUGUGCCCGACCUUCCAGAUAUCCAUGGUGCUCCUGAUGGGGAAAAGAUUCUGACAGAAGGACCAGGAAGGCAGCUGGGCUUGAUCAAACCCAAAACUGGCCCAGUCUUUCUCUCUUUCCCUGACGAGCUUUCACAUUCGGAUACAUGCCCAGGAGAACCCACAACUUUAAAUUCCUUUAUCCUAAAUCUGCUGCCCAGGAAACACAUCAAAGAAUCACCAACUGCAACUCCACUAUCAUAAGCUGCAGCUAGGCAGCAGAGUUCAGUCUUCCCUAUUAAACCUUUCAAUAAAUAAA